CCUCGCCAAAACCCAUCGAUGCAAUGUCGGCACCAUCCUGCGACCGUUGUCCUGCUGGCCCCUCUUGUUCGUAUUCCAAGACAUGAUUGGGACGCUUUUGCUGAUGGGCUCCAUGCUUGAAUGAUCGCCUUGCGACACUAUCGGACAUGAAAGCUUUCGCACGGUCAGAUCUGGGCCGCCCUCGCCACUGUAAGGUCGCUUUUGGCGCCCUUUCUCUCUCUUCUAACGUCUCCAUCGUGCAGGACAUGGUCCAUCCAUGUCGGGCAGAAGCUCAUGGCACUCUGGUGGGUUGCGUUAUACGAGGCUCUUGCGGUACUUUCACACAUUGGCCAUUGCAGGGUCUUGGUGAGGCCUUGGUAUUAAAGGCGCCCACUGAUCCUCUCCCCAAUGCCUCGGCGGGCACCACGACCUUCACCAAGAACUCCAGGUCCAAGCUGUAAGAUUGUUGUUGAGCAGCAGCUAUCAUCACCCUUUCAUACUUGUUACAGGUUCAGCCCGGGUCCCGGCCCCCAUCAUGGCAGCUCCCUCACCUUCAUACGACUCCCAUCCGUCCUCUGAUUCAAGCCACCACGGCGUCAGUGCGCCCAAUCUCCCGUACGACCCUCCUCUCACAUUUUCCACCGUCAUCGACCAUGACCACAACACCAUCAACAAGUUUGCCGGGCGCCUGCUCCGAGCCAAGGCGCCUCAGGACCGCGCCCGUCUCCUGCGGGAAGUCACCUGGCGCCUCGUCCGGCACGACGUCUCGGAGGACAUCGUCAUGCGGGCCGCGUUCAUCGAGCACCUCGGCGACGAGGGCGUGCACAUGGCCGAGCACGACCGGACGGACCACGAGAGAGCCCGCUCCGAACUCCUGGCGCUGUUCCACGUGCCGCUCGAGGGAGACGGGUUCCUCGGCGCCCUGCGAGCUUUGUUCGCGGAGCUGUUGGAGCACAUGAAGAUCGAGUCGGGCCAGCAGAUCCCGCAUCUGGAACACAUGCUGGACCCCGAGGAGAGCCAGAGGCUGGGCCGGGAGUAUUUGAAGACCCAGCGCCUCACGCCGGAGCUGGAGAUCCUCGACAAGUGUACCGGGACCAGAAGGAGGGUGUGGAGGGACGUCGAGGAGUUUGCGAGGACAGAUCUCCACAGAUUCAAGGAGAUCUGGGAGGAGCUGAAGCUGAGUGAGGAGCAGGUCGACACCGAGGCCGAAGCGUUCCACCGGAGAAAUGGUCGGGGGAAAUUAUAAACAAGGCCGUUGGGUGUUUCCAUUUCGACUGUCUAUGCGUGGCGUGGCGCUAAGUCUGGCUGGAUUGUUUAUCGAAUGGCGUCAAAAUCUGGGGACAUUGGUGUUUUGGCGCCAUCGAGGGAGAGAUUGGCUCUUGUCAUUACUACAUACUAUACCCAUUUCGCAGGUCCAGCAGGUCCAAAGAGACAACGACUGAACGAACCCCAUUCUCGUCGCUUUGAAACUACAUCGGGGUCUUUGCACUGACUGUUUCUGAAUCUCCG